CAAACAAACAAUAGAGUCUAGUGUCUUCAGGCUGUUUGAGUUAUUUCAAAAAAUAAAAUAUUUGUAAUAUUAAUUAAAUUUUUUAACGAACUCGCCGGGAGAAUACAAAACACUAAUAUAAUAUAAAUAGUAUAUAUUUUGCUAGUGGAACCCCUUACACAUAUAUAGUACACCAUAGAGUCAACAUAAUACCCCUCUUCACAACAACAACGCACACUUACAUAACAUAAAUGAUCUCACCGAGAAAAUCCACAUCAGCGCUGAGCCUCAUACCGGAGGAACGUGGUAAAUUGCUACCUGUGUCCACAAAGAGUUGUGAGAGUCUCUACUCGAACACAUCCAGUUCGAAGGGUUCAAGCAAUAACCUAUUUCGUCGCAAGAAUGCUGCGAGUAUACAGGGUGCUGGCGCUGCCAUGGGUCGCCACGCUACAUUGAUACCCGCCACAACGGAGGUGCGCCAACGUGUGCUAUCCGCACGUCGUCUACGCAUGAAGACUUUCCAAAAUCAAUUGGUCGAUGCACAACAAACCAUAGCGGAUCUCGCUCAUGAAAAUCGCAUUUUGCGCACGCUCCACAAGCGUCAGGACUCCGCUCUGGCCAAGUAUGAAUCUACGAAUGCUGAAUUACCGAAGCUUUUGCACUCACACGCCGAGGAGUUGCGCGUUUGGCAGGCCAAGUAUCGCAAUCUGCAGCAGCUGAACAAGGAGCUCGAGCAUAAACUCAAAACCAAAGAGUCCAUCAUACUCACACUCAGCGAUCAAAAUAAAUACUAUAGUCAGUUGAAUAAGGACAGUUCUCUUCCGCAAAUGGCAGCUAAAACUCUGAAAUCUUGCAGAAAUCUGGAAGAACGACAACGUUUGUCGGAAAAAUUGGAAAAACUGGAAACGCGCUUGCAGGAGAAAGACAGCGAUAUGAAGUUAUUGGCGCGUCGCGUACAAAUCGAAACGAAAAAUUUUAAACAACAACUAUUGGCUGAGCAGAAGCGCACCAAAGAAGCGCUGCUUAAACUAGAAAAGGCGCGUUUGGAGCUUUCAGGAUAUCGCAAGUUGGACGAAUUGGGUGAAAAAUUCUCGACCACACUCACCGUUGGACGACGUAAAACAAAUACUGUAGAGGAAGAAUCCAAAUUGGAGAAGGACUUAGAACGUAUCUUAGCAGAUGAGGUGUUGGAUGAUGACGUUAAAGAUUCAGAAACCGAGUUUCAACCGACUGCACACCGUGUUUCAAAAACCAACAUGCAUACGAAGAUUGAGACACCUUUGGGUUACGGCAAUCGUAAGGUGGCCUCAUCCAUUGUUGCGAUGGCAAAGUCACAAAAACAGCGUCAGGAAGGCGGUGGCUUGAAGUCGACACUGAAGUCACCGCAGCGUUUAUCCCGACAGCAAUUGCAACAACAACGACAACAAAAGAAAUCACAACAUAAAGACGAGCAGUCACAUGAACGACUUCCAGCUAUAAUCGAUUACGAAGACGAUUAUGAACACGAGCCAGACGACGAAUUUGCAGAAAUGAGUGAACGUCAUCAGAGUCAUCGUUCCAUACGGGAUUAUGGUAGUAUUGACGGCGGUGCUGAUGGUGAGGACACCGAAAAUGGAGAUGUUCACGUUGACGAGGAAGCAGAGGAAGAGGAAGAUGAUUGCGUCAACGAGCACUCCAAUCGAAAAUUAGAUGAUGAAGUUGGUUCACAUGAAACCUAUAACGCUGAAUUUCUAGGAGAGGAAGAACAUGAGGGCGAGAGUGUAAAUGACGAUAACGCCGAAGAUGAUGAUGAUGUAUGCAAUACCGCCAAGAAAACAUCGCACAUGAAAGAGGAGAUCUCCAGUAUACGCAAACAAAUCUCGCAUGACUACAGGGAGCGUGAAGCCUUUCUCGACACAUUCUGCCGACAGGCCAAUACCGGUGUACUCUCGGAUGAAUCGCCUAAAAAGCGUAGCCAGCUUUCGCCGGUACAAAAUCUACCCAGCAGCCGUAAAAAUAAAUUGCUUGCCGCGCUCAAAGCGAUCGAUGACAACAAAAGUCAGGAUUGAAGAGCUGGCCUUCGCAAACUCGUACAACCAAACUAAACCGAAUGAAUACAAGCGACACAUUUGCAGUGUGAUUUGUAAACUUUAAACAAAUACAAACGAACAAUAUAUUUUAUGUAAAAUA